CAGCUCCACCCUCACAAACGGUCUAACCGUUUAUAGUUAGGAGGGGAGGACAGAGCAGACACACUGUGACCGUGGAGAGAGACAACAUGCUGGGAACUAAGAUGCAUCUACUGCUGCCGAUACUGCUUCUGGGUUUCAUUGUUAUGAACUCUGCUCAGCAACAAUGUGACCCACUGACCCAGUAUGCGAAUGAGAUUGGUGAUUGCUGCAAAAUGUGUGGUCCAGGGUACAGAAUGUCUUCCCCCAGCCCAUGUCAGGAUCCUCGAUGUGAAGAAUGUCGGGAAAAUGAAUAUCAGGAUAAAUACACAAAGAAUACCGCUUGUCGCCGUCAGCCCUAUUGUGACCCAAAUAUAAACUUCCAGGUUAUUGACCAUGAGAGCAAGAAGGAGCGCACCACCUGCCUGUGUCAGGAGGGGUUUCACUGCUCCAGUGCUGAGUGCAUCACCUGUGUGCCUCACACCACCUGUACACCUGGAGAUGGGGCUCUAUCCAGAGGCGACCAUACGCAGGACACAGUUUGUCAGAAAUGCCCAGAAGGCACAUUUUCCAAUGACAGCUCUUGGGAUGGUCCCUGUAAGCAAUGGACAGAAUGUGAGAGUGAAGACCAUAUUCAACAAAGCGGAACAGGCGUAACUGACAACAUCUGUGAGGCAAAUCGGAAGCAUCCCAUUGUGAUCGGUGUUGUUGUUGCUUUCGUGCUUCUUGCUGCACUUGGAGUUGCACUUUAUAUUUAUAAAGGUCAACGAGGUGAUGCAAGAGGAAAGGUAAAGGGCUGUUUUCAAUCGUGUUGGGGAGAAAAGAGGGAGCUGCUGAGCGAGACCAAAGUUGACAUGACACAGCCGACUGCAGACGAAGAGCUGCUGUCCCACCCGGAGGAGGAGGGCGCUGGAGUACCCGAGGAAAACGAGGAUCAACCGAGCGACGAGAAUUUAUCAGAUGUCCUUUUCUCUGAUAAUGGAAACUUUGUGACUCAAGACAUUGGGGUCUCGUCCAAACUCUCCCGACAGGAAUCACAACCACACACAUUGACAGGCGAUCCGCCGCUCCUGAACUCAGAUAAUAGUUGAUUAUUUGAAGUUAGGAUUGUUGAGCAUUGUUGCCCCAUUUGUACAUAAUUGAGGUGGGGGGCGUGUGGCGCAGUGGAUAGAGCCUUGGUAUGGGGAUCAAAUGGUCACAGGCUCAAACCCCACUGCAGUCAGCAUGUCGUUGUGUCCCUGGGCAAGACACUUCACCCCAAAUUGAGUAUGUAAGUCGCUUUGGAUAAAAGCGUCUAACAUGUAAUAAUAAUUCUAUCCUCUUCUUAAUAUGUAUAUAGUUGCCUUUAGUGUUAGAAAUAACUUGUAAUGUGUUGAAAUGAUUACAUUUUAGUGUCUAAAUACUGUGUGGCACACUACAGUAUUUUAAUUAACAAAGUAGCCAUUUUUUUAAGUUUUGUAGUCAUUUCUCUGUGUUUAUAUUGUGAUGUCAUCCGCUUAUUUGUAAAUUCACAAUUUUACAUCUUUGUUUUGCUCAACUCAUUAUGGUAAUAAUUGUGCAUUGAAUCGGCAGCUUCAUUUAAGCUUUUUACUUGCAUUAAAAAUGUGUAAAAUGUUUGACACAAUCAGAGUUUUACUUUUUGUACAGGUAAGUGUGUCUGGUCUGUCUUAUGAAUGGGGUCUUAAAAAAAAUCCCACAAUGCCUUGUGGUGAUAUAGCCUGUAGCCUAUUCUAUGUGCGACACCUUGAGCCCAAUCCUUUUUGCCUAAAUGUGUGUGAAGUUCGAAAUAAUGCUACAUUAAAAGUACGCCGAAUCAUUUGCAA